UAUUCGUAUUUAUACUAUUUAUAGUGAUGACCGAAAUUAUGAAUUAAUUCUGUAAAAUAAUUACAUCCGAAGAAUACCAAAAUGGACAACUACAAAAUCAAAACACAGAAAUUACAACAAAAAUUUCAUUUCGACGAGCAUAACAUAGAGAAAAUAUGUAUAAGUUUAGAAAACGAAAUCGAAAACUUGAAAGUAGUCAAAAUUCAAAAUCAGCCAUUUCAGACACUCGACGUUCAGCUCUUUAAAGCUGCAUUGCAAGAAACUAAAACCAAUACUCUUUUAGAAUUACCAUCCUUGGCACCGUCUGUCAAGAAUAUUUCAAACACUUCACAAAACGAGAUAGAAAAAACUAAUACUACUAAAUAUUUGUUAACUGAUGCUGUGCAAGCUUCGAGAUGUUUUCAAAGAACACAACACACACAAACAGAAGCAAUCACUUUAAAAGAUCAGUCAAAUAUUGCAUCUGUAUGGAUACUUCAAAAGGAAAUUGGUAAUCAUAUGUCAACAGAAAAAAUCCAAGAAAUCAAAUCAAAUAAUUUCAAAAAAAUGUUGUUCAUAUCCGACCGAAUUGUGACGUCUAAUAAUUUUUCCGAAAAACAGAUUGAAUUCAUAACACGACACACUAGUGACAAAUUAAACGCAAUGUCUUACCGUUAUGCGUUAGAAGAAAUAUUACAAUUUUCAAAUGAUAAAUUAUCGAAUUUUUCGGUCACUUCUUUCGUAUGGAACACUAUGAAUGAAGACAUUUUGGCAGUUGGAUACGGUAAAUGGAACGACGAACCAAAUGGUUUUAAAGGUGCUGUUUGUUGUUGGUCGUUAAAAAAUCCGGUUUAUCCGGAAAGAAUGUACGAAUUCAACAAGCCCAUUACUUGUCUUGAUUUCUCAAAAACCCAUGCCAACAUCCUCGUCGCCGGUAGUCACGGAGGAUGCGUCUACAUAUUGGACAUAGCCCAAGAAAUAUGUGAUCCGGUGAUAGUCAACGAGAAAAACUUACAAAAUUUUCCUAUAUGGAGUGUUCUAUCGUUUCUACAAAAAAGUUAUGCAUCGGAAGAUGAAUUUAUACUAUCCGUAGAUGACAAUGGAUCGGUACGAAAAUGGUCAGGUGGUGUUUCCAAGACUUACAACACAGAACAAAUGUCGUUAAUAUAUUGCGGAAUCCGAAACGACGCCGCGAAACCGAACAAAUUCAACCAUUCAACCAUCGUUCAAAAUAUGCCAGGAACGGUCAUAUCGUUUCACCCAACUAAUAAGAGUACAUACUUUAUUGGGACUAAAGUUGGUUUCGUCGUACAGAACACGGUUGACAGCUGCAAUCAUUACGACAGAAUUUUCAUGGCUCAUAACGGUCCGGUUUACGGAAUCAAAUUUUCGCCGUUCUGCUCGAGUAUAUUUAUAACAUACGGAGCCGACUGGCAAAUUAAAAUUUGGAUGGAAAACGUCGACGUACCACUGCUAUCCCUGUCUUAUUGCAACGCUGUAGACGACGCCGAUUGGUCACCCAUUAACUCCACAGUUAUUGUCAGCGUUAGCGCCGCAGUCAUAUGCAUUUGGGAUUUCGCACGAAAAACGGUGGAGCCUGUCAUGAUGUUUACGUGCAAAACCGGCGUACACUUCUCGAUAGUGAAAUUUUCCAAACACGGUAAUAAUAUUGUCACCGGUGAUGUAAAUGGACUGGUUAGAUGUUUUCACAUCAGUAACAUGCCUUCGCCGUCAUUUCUCCAAAAAAAUUCUAUUCUAACAGCUCUGGAGAAUAUGAUGUCAUCAAAUCAUGAGCUUGUUCAAAUAAUUAAAAAAACCAUGAUGAACAACUAAAAAUGUUGGAUAAGUUAAUAGUAUUAAAUUAUUUAAACUUGUUUUUAAAAUUUUUGAUAAACCUAUAUAUUCGCUUUUAUUAGAUAAUUAUGAAUUUAUCAUUCGACAAAGAUUAAAUAUUUAUGAACAAACAUUAGAUAAUAAAGACUAUAUUAUGUUUAUAAUUACCUGUAUAUUUUUAUAGUAUCUUAUUAAGUUUACAUAAAAAAUAAUAUGUUUAUUUUUGUAACUCAAUUUUGAUGAUGCUAUUUGAUGAUAUCAGUGGUAGUAAGUUUAGACUGCCAAUCUGCAAACGUAUGUGUAAGAAAUAAACUUUCGACUCAAAAAUAAGAGUCUACUUUACCAAUUAGUGCUUGUAAUAACCACAUAAGCAUAACUUAUAAUACUAAUUGAUACCAUUGAUUAUACAUAGUACUAUAUAUAAUCAAUGUUAUACUAAUUAGUAGUUUUUAACAAUAAUUUAUCCAUGUUAAAAUAAUAAUUUUAUGAAUAAGAUGUACCAUGGAACUUGAUUCACAUUGCUAUACAGUGAACAGUGCUUCUCAACAUUUUUUUGAAGAUGACACACUUAAAACAAUUAAUUGAUUUUUGAAAAAGUAACAAUUAUAAACCUUACAUAAAUUGAAAAUAAAGCUAUCUUAACAAAUGGGGGUUUUUUUUAGCAGAUUCUGUGGUUUUUAAUAUCAUGUUAUAAUGGGCAUAAUAGUUGUAUAUACAGGGUGAUUUAUUAAGCGUAAAACACUCAUUAUCUCAAAAAGUAUUAAUGUUUUUGAAAAUAUUUUUUUACAGUUUGUUGUUAAAAAACAACAUUUUUAUUAAAAAAAUAUAUUUUUAAAUAUUUUUUAUCCUUAUAAUUUUUUGAAUGACAGCAUAGAGUUUUAAUUUCAUUUUCCAAAGCAAAAUAUUUUUCUAAGUACUUUAAUACAUAAAUAUCGAAUUUAGGACGGGUAGUUUAUGAGUUAUAAGUAUUUAAGGUUUAGAUAAGCGGACUAGUGGACACACAUUUGCCGGGUAAACCCAUAACACUCCACUCCGCCCAUCUAAACUUUAAAUGCUUAUACCUCAUAAACUACUUGCCCUAAAUUAGAUUUUUAUGAAUCAAAAUACUUAGAAAAAUAUUCUGCUUUGGAAUAUGAAUUUAAAACUCUAUGCUGUCAUUCAAAAAAGUAAAAAACUUAAAAAAUUAUAUAGAUAAAAAAUAUAAUUUUUUAAUAAAAACAGUUUUUUUAACAACCAACUUGAAACUAUGUAAAAAAAUAUUUUCAAAAACAUUAAUACUUUUUGAGAUAAUGAGUGUUUUACGCUUUAUGAAUCGCCCUGUAUAUUAUAGUAUAUAUUUAUACUUUGAACAUGUCAUACAACAUAUUAAAUAAGAAGUUUUUUUGUGACACACUAGUUGAGAACCACUGCUAUAAAAUAUAGAUACUCUAUUAUAGUCACGAGCUCGAAAAAUGAGCGUUGUCUUCAUGUGCCGAGCAGCAUUUUUU